ACGUAGUGAUGCUCGCGGCCGACAUGCGCGUCCUCUGUGUUAUUGUCACAAUAAGUUUGGUGUUUGGGGAAGAGUUUCGCAUAAAGACAGCGGAGCUUAUCGCCAGCCCGCCCGGCACGAGGAUCAUUGGCGGCAACCCUACAGCCAUAGAGAGGCAUCCUUACACUGUACAGAUCCUGAUCGGCAACCAGCUGACAUGCGGCGGGUCUCUGAUCACGCGGCGACACGUGCUGUCAGCCGCGCACUGCUUCGUCCUAGAUGACGGUACAGUCGUCAGUCCUAGAAACUUCAGAGUACGCGUCGGUGCCACUUACUUAAAUUCGGGCGAGGGCACAGUGAUUGCGAUGUCGACCAUCAUAGUGCACGAACGCUACAACAUAGUGCCGCGCGACGCCGACGUGGCGGUGGCGCUGCUGGCGGGGGCGGUGCCGCAGACCGCGCGCGCAGUCCCCACUCCUAUCGCCCUGCCCGGCGCUGCGCUGCCCGUCAACGCCAGCGUCGUGCAUGUCGGCUGGGGACGGACUAACGCGAAUAUCCCCGAGUCGUCGGACGUUCUGCGCGAGGUGACGAUCUUCAAGGUGGAGCGCAGCAUUUGCGCGACGCGCUAUCGCCAGCUGGAGGUGCUCACCGGGGAGCCCUUCCCCGUCACCAACAAUAUGAUUUGCGCCGGCGUUUUGGAUGUCGGAGGCAAGGACGCGUGUCAGGGCGACAGCGGGGGCCCGCUGAUGUUCUCGGGAGUGCUGGUGGGCGUCACCUCGUGGGGCUACGGCUGCGCGCAGCCAUACUUCCCCGGCGUAAGCGCGAGAGUCUCUGCCUACACCGAAUGGAUUAACAGGACCGUGGUGAGAUAUAACGACGGCUACAGACUGAGCGUGACCCAGUUACCGAUAUUUUUAUCUCUAGUUUUGAUGUGUACCCACCUCUAUCGGUGAGCACGUCGUCUACGAGCACGUCUGCGAGCAGCGCGCCGGCCUGCGCGCGCGCCGCCAGCGGCCCCGCCCCCGCCCCCGC